AUGACGACGACGCGCCCGUCGAACCGGCGAGGCCCGCCACCUCACCUCCAUUCGCCCAACAGCCCACAACCAUCGAGCAGCAAACCGUCCGUUUCGCUCGAAGAAUGGGAAUCCAAGGCGCCUUUAGGAGAACUCGAGAACACGAGCGUAGCAGCAGUAAAAGCUGCACUCGAAAGACCUUCGUUGCCGUUCAAGGUUUGUCUUUCUUGCGACACCUUCUCGCUCUCCUUGAUAGCUGAUGCCACAAACUGGCAACGGUCUAUAGUUUACGGUAGAAGAAGCCAGCUCUCGAGCUUCAACGCCCCUCCGCUCUCCUCCACACCACACCCAUACUCCCACCUCCAUCCCACAGCGCCCAUCCAAACUCCGCAACAGUUCUACGAUUGGUUCGCGCUCAUCGAUAGGUCGGUUGCGCAUAGCCAGGAAUCACAUUUCAGGGAACAUCUGAAAGGGGUCGAGGAUUGGUUGGGCGUUUGUGAGAUGUUGGUGGGAAGGAUAGAAGAAGUCGAUGAGGAGGUUGAGGAGAUGUUGAAGGGAUGGAGGAGUGUGGAGGAAGGUGGAAGGAGCUUGCAGGAAGCUUGCCAGAGGUUGUUGGAAGAGAGAGAUCGCUUGGUGGAACUUCAGGACGCUAUCGGACAGAGACUGGAUUAUUUCCAGGAAUUGGAGCAAGCGACGAGGAUGCUGAACCAUCCUGGCGAUUCGCUUGUCCUCCAGACCGAUUUUCUGUACAUGGUCGAACGCGUCGACGUGUGCAUCGACUUUCUCAAGGCUCACCGCCACUUCCGCGAAGCAGAGUUGUACCUCCUCCGGUUCCAACAGUGUAUGACCCGUGCAAUGACACUCAUCAAGAUGUUUUUCGUUGGAUCUUUACGCGCGCUCACGCAGGAUAUUACACGGCGAUUAUCAGAGAAGGACGUGUCCUCGACAGCACAACAACACCUCCUCUACACCCGCUUCCAAUCCGUCUCGCAUCAACUAGCUCCCCUCCUCUCCGAACUCGAGCGACGGGCAGCGUCCCAUCCUGACCAACUUUCGGCUUUAUUACAGGAGUGCCACACGGCAUGGUUUGCGGCGAGAAAAGGGAUCGUGGUGAGGAGGUUGGUGGAGGAAGUGAGAGGGUUAGAAGUGGGCAGGGGAGAGCUCGUCGAGGUCACCAGAGCAGGAUGUAGUUAUUUGAAGCAGCUCUGCACGGACGAGUGGGAGCUCUAUCGGUCCUUCUUUGAUUCGGGGGAAGAGGAGCUUUACGCCUACCUCGAAUCCCUCUGCGACUAUCUCUACGACGAUCUCCGUCCUCGGAUCCUACACGAACAGAAGCUCGGGGCGCUCUGUGAGGUAUGCACCGUACUACAGGCGCUCAUGGUGCUCGACGGGCCUUCGAUCACCGCUGCGGAAUCAUCCACCUCUCACUCGGCCUCAGACUCUGGAUCUGACGAUGACUCGCUUGAGAUUGCGCCAGAUCCUCCGGAGGGUUGGAAGGGCAGCAGCAAGGAGAAUGGAUUGGGCGAAUUGAGGAUAAGCGGGUUGUUGAGGAUGGUUCUGCAGGAUGCGCAGACGAGGUUGGUGUUCAAGGCGCAGAGCGUGAUGCAGAGUGAGAUUAGGUGGUUCGUUCCGAAUGGGAAUGCUGGGACGGAGGAGCUGGAUUGGCCGGGGGUUUUGAUGAAGGCGAGAGGUGAGCUCGGAGACUCGCACGAUACGAACCUGAUCGUGAAAGACAAAGACAGCGAGUCGAUCGAGCUGGGCCUGAGCCAGAUUUUCCAGCUUUCGGAAGCGACGAGGAGAGGGGUAAAUACGUGGUAUCCGACGGUAAGGAAGACGGUGUGGGUUUUGAGUCAGUUGUUUGAGUUCGUGCAGCCAGCGAUCUUCGCAGACCUCGCGCAAGAGUCACUCAACCUCUGUCGUCUAUCGCUAAUCUCCGCCUCGGAGGUGAUCAAAUCACAAUCUUCAUUACACUCACACUCGCACUCGAAAUCCCAUUCCAAAUCUUCAGCGUCCAAGGCACACGCGAAGUCACAAUCCCAAAUUCAAUCCACACAACCACCACCGCCGCAUCCAACUUCAUCGCCAACCGAAACCAGAACUUCGCUCACAGAAGCAGAUUUGAGGGAGGCAGAAACGCGAGUAGGCCUAGGAAAAGAGCUGGAUGCCGUGCUUUUCCUUGUGAGGCAUUUGUUGAUAUUGAAGGAGAUGGCGCGGGGGUUGGAGGGGCUGAUGAAGAGUUUGGAGGUGGAGGGUGGAGCGACAGGGGCAGCGGUGAAAGGCGUCGGCGGUGGGUAUGCGUUUGGUGGGACGAAUACGAGCGGGUUUGUAGGGGACGGGGCUGGAGGCGUGGGAGGCGUGGGAGGGAUGGCUGGAGGGAGCGGUAUGACUGACGCGUUCACGUCGAUGUUGAAUCGUACGUCCGCGCUCAUACCAGAUUCGUUAUUCGAGAGUUUGGGGAUGCCGAGGGGGCAGGAGAGUAUGCUUGAUGCGAGACAUGGAAUCGAUAUCGACCUCCGCAAAGCAUGUCAAGACCUCAUCGAGCUUGUUUCGUCGAACGUCACGGACCCACUCUACACAUACCUUGCACACGCACAAAGAACGGCCAGCGCGCUCAUCCUGCCUGCCUCCACCUCCACCUCAUCCUCCUCCGCAUUUCCCAACAACACAACCACCUCGCCUCCGCCCUCCUCAUCCUCGUCCGGCAUGCUCCCAUCCGAUGCAAGUCAAAAGGAUGAAUCACCCCUGAAGUCUGUCGAGAGAGAGUUCGUACCCCGAUGCCAGACAGCUCUGAAAGAUUCGAUAUCGAGAAUAAGGAUUUACGUCGAGGACCAGAGGACUGCGGAUGUUCUGAUAGAGCAUGUGCGAGAGAGGGUUGAGGACGGGUGGGAGGUGUUUAGGGAGGGGGUCAUGCAAGUUCAGGGAGAGAAGCAAAACAUGGGACUUAUGAGCGAGGAAGAGGUGAGGGGGAUGUUGAGGGGGGUUUGCAGUGAGCGGGGUGGGGUGAGGCUUGGUAGAGGAGACGGAGUUACGGAUGAGGUUGAAGAGGCGUAGGUUGUAUCGGGCCUUGGGCCUCAUCGCCUCGACUGUGACGAAACUGGCUGCCGGAUCUUAUUGCCUUAGACCAACUGAGUCAUCGCGUCAUCCUCUGACAUAGAACUAUGUAGCCUGACCAUAUUCACGCUCGAGUAUAAGGGUACUUUUCGGCAAGAAAUUGUACACCCACGUCUGGGAGAUUUCUGACGAAGUCGUCACUCACCUUCCUUCAUUCCUUCCCAAGUCCCCAGUCCGAUAUGAAAUU